AUGACUACUGAAUUAUCAUAUAAUGGAAAUUCUAAGCAAUUAUCUAUUGAAAUAGAUAAAAAAUAUGAAUUAACAGAUGCUAGAAGUAUUAAUGUUAAUCAAAUUAAUAAAUUGACUACCGCUAUUAUUGGAGAGUCUAAUCCAAACUUUACACCAAAACCAAAUGACAAUUUAUCUAAGAUGAUUAGAAAUAUGUUUGAAACUGGUAUUAAAAAUAUGAAACAAAAUAAAAUGCAAGAAGCUUUGAAGAACUUAACUUUGGCAAUUGAAAUGUCUCAAAGAAAAAGAGCACCAUACGAAGCAUUUCAAAUUCAGUUACAAGACGUCCAAUUCAUGUUACGUCAAAAGAUCGAUUUGGAAUUGAUUCUAGGUAAAAAUUUAGAGGCAUUACAAGAUUUGGAAAUGCUAUUGAAUACAGGUUUGUUAGAUCCGGAAAUCUUCUUAAGAAAGACUGAUGCAUACUUAAAAUUGAAACAAUACAACCUGGCUCGUGUUGAUUGUGAAAGAGGUUUAAGCUUGUUCCCAACUAACCCAAAAUUAAAGGUCAUGUUAAAUGAAUGUAAUAGACGUUUGGCAGAAUACAAUGGUGACAUUUAG